AUGUCUUCACAAAGGGAUCUUACUUUUAACACUCCGAAAUUAUCGGUAAACGAUGCUAAUACACAUGAUGAACAUGGAGAACAUGCAUCACCCGAAUUCCAGGCACAUAAUCCAUUCGCAGACGAUGAAGCAGAUAUCUCGUCAUUCUCAUCUUCAUCACAAAAUCACCAACAACAACAUCAACAUCAAAACCAACAACACCAAAACCAACACCAACACCAAUAUCAACCAUAUAACCAGGAAGACGACCUGCUGUUCACUCAACAAGAUGCAGCAGAAUACGAAAGACCAUUCAACAACACCUACAGCGGCUACCAUUCUAAUGCCGGCAGCUCAAACUACUUGAUCAACGACAACUCCGAUGCCGAAGAUACCUCGCGAUUCCUCAACCGAGAUUAUAGCAACCAAAACAACAAUAUUGUUGAUGUUCAGGCCAGAGCUCCAAGUAGCAGAUACGCCGAUUCGCCGCACUUGCAAACAUCAAGUCCCGCAGAAUUCGACAGGUACCCAUCUGUAGCCGGUUCAAGAAAAGUAUCAUCAACAUCAUUAUCAUCACACUUUUACCAAAACAAUGAAAAAGCAAAAUCGGCUCAGUCGCGUGACCGCUACAUCUCACACUCCUCAUCAACAAAUUCCAUGGAUGACACUUCCUCUAGGAAAUCCACAACACCAUUCACCGAGGAUCUCAGUCCCUUUGGCGGAUACCCGGCAUCGUCAUUCCCAUUGAGCAUCGAUGAAAAAGAACCUGACGAUUACUUGCAUAACCCAGACCCAGUCAAGGAUGCAGAGUAUGAGAAAAAUAGGUUUGUGUACGACAUGAAAAACUUGGACAGAAGAUCAUUGGGAGGUUUAAUAGGGUUGAUUGUUAUGGCAUUGGGUGCACUCUGUGUGUUUGUUGUGCUUCCAGCAUUGACUUAUUCUGGUGCCACAGAACACUACAAACCAGAAUCAUAUGAAGUCUUGACUAGAUACUCAUACCCAAUGUUGAGUGCCAUUAGACAAUCAUUGAUCGACCCUGAUACGCCACUGGAUGCAAUGCUGAAAAAGUCCAAACUGGGUGAUACCUGGCCCUUGGUGUUUAGUGACGAGUUCAACGUUGAAGGUAGAACGUUUUACGAUGGCGAUGAUCAAUUCUUCACGGCACCUGACUUGCAUUAUGAUGCCACCAAGGAUUUAGAAUGGUAUGACCCCGACGCAGUCACCACAGCAAAUGGUACUUUGAAAUUGCGUAUGGAUGCAUUCAAGAACCACAAUUUGUACUAUAGAUCAGGUAUGGUUCAAUCAUGGAACAAGUUUUGUUUCACCGAAGGAAGAAUCGAAAUCUCGGCUAGAUUACCCAACUACGGAAACAUCACUGGUUUAUGGCCAGGUUUGUGGACAAUGGGUAAUUUGGGCAGACCUGGAUAUCUCGCUUCUACCGAGGGUGUUUGGCCAUACUCGUAUAACUCGUGUGAUGCGGGAAUCACACCAAACCAAUCAUCUCCAGAUGGAAUCUCAUACUUGCCAGGACAAAGACUUAAUAAAUGUACUUGUACAGGAGAAUCGCAUCCAAACCCUGGUGUUGGUCGUGGUGCACCCGAAAUUGAUGUUAUUGAAGGUGAAGUCAUGACCGAUUCCUCGGGUGACAAGGCCAAUAAUGGUGUUGCUUCGCAAUCGUUGCAAUUGGCACCCAUGGAUAUAUGGUAUAUGCCAGACUACGACUUUAUUGAAAUCUACAACAAUUCCGUCACUACAAUGAACACCUAUGCUGGUGGACCAUUCCAGCAAGCUUUCUCAGCAACCACAACCUUAAAUGUCACAUGGUACGAAAAGGGUGAUCAUGCACACAACUAUCAAAAUUACGGGUUUGAAUACUUGAAUGACGAUGAUACUGGGUACUUGCGGUGGUUUGUUGGCCAGGAUCCCACUCUUACAGUGUACCUGACAGCUUUGCAUGCAGAUGGAAAUAUUGGUGCAAGAACCUUAUCUAAAGAGCCAAUGUCAAUUAUUAUGAACUUGGGUAUCUCAAACAAUUGGGCAUAUAUCGAUUGGAAUGCAAUACAUUUCCCCGUUACUAUGCAGAUCGAUUACGUGAGAUUAUACCAACCUGAAGAUUCUAUUAAUGUUGGUUGUGAUCCAGAUGAUUAUCCAACAUACGAUUAUAUUCAAGACCAUUUGGAUAUUUACGAAAAUGUCAACUUGACAAGUUUCGAAGAUGCUGGGUACACAUUCCCAAAAAACAAACUUACAGGCUGUCUGUAG